AUGAUUUCCUAUGUGGAGUGUCUGGGCAGGGAAGGGGCGGGGCCUGGCGUGGGGUCAAGCUGCUGGAACGGCGAUCCCGACGAAGAGCGCGAUGAGCUUCUCCCGCGCAAGAUGGCUGCCCUGCAACCGAAAACAGAGGGCAGCCUGCGUCGGCGCCUUCUCAGCGCCAAACUCCACCAGCACCACGGCGCCAUCUUGGGGCUGAACGUGGGUGGUGCCGGCAGACCCGGGACGCCCUCAGGUGACAAAAAGCCCCUCCCGCCUCACCUUCAGUAUCCAGGCAGCAGCCCUCUGAACCACCACCAGCACCUCCCCCCACGAUCCCACAUCCACCCUUCGAAUGCUCAUGGGAAGCUUUUCCUCGCCCCAGAGACUUAUGGGAAACUCAGCCAACAAACCCCACCCCUUCAGCUACCACGCUCCACCUACCCAGUCCUCACCCAGCGGAGCCGGACAGGUUCAUGCCCCCCCACGCCGGAGCCCCGCCCCUGCUACACCCUGCCCAUCCCCUCCCCUCUCAGCGCUCCACCGCACCUCAGGGAGCCGGAGGUGCCGCCACAGUACCGCUACCGGCCCAGCAAGAGGCGCAGAACUGGGUUCUUCUGCUUCAGAUCCCACCGAGGGAGGAGCUCCGGGCUGGAGACGACACAAACCACACCCCUUCUGCAUAGAGCAGGGGACGGGGACACUAAGUGGUCUGUUCACUACACUACCCAAAAGCCCCAGCAGGGUCUGCUCUUCGUCCCUGGAAAGAGACGGUCCGGCAGCGCUGAUGACCUGCGAGCAUGUAACAGGCUGACUCAGCAUGGUUACAGCCGAACAGUCGGCUCUCAGCUGCACCCGCCCGGCCCCACCCCCCGCCCAUCCUCCUCUGGCCUCGACCAAUCAGAGGGCAGCAAAGCGCGCAGAGGGUGGAAGGACAAAAGCAGGAGGAUGUCCUCAGCAUGCUCAGAUGAAGAGGAGAGGUUCAUCUUGAACAACACGCGACCUCUGACCCCCCUGGUCCUCAACCCCGUCCAUCGCACCUCCUGUUGGGAAGUCUUUGCCCCCACUUACGAGCUGACAGCGGACACGGAGAUAGAGCCGACCCCCCGGCUUCCGACUCCAGAGGAGAGGAUGAGGCAGCAGGCGGAGGCAGUCCCAGCUGAUAUAGUUCCGAUCAAUAUAACAGGAGCAAGUUUUGAUCGUCAGGCCAGCUUUCGAAAAGUGGUUUCUAACACUGACUCGUUAUCCCGGCAACCCCGCAACCUGAGCCGCCGCAAGACAGUAACCGGAGUACCUGAUGAUGUCAGCAGGAAACGUGACUCUCCUUCGGUUUCUUCCAUUCUUCCCGGUCAGUUCUCCACUGUUGGUCGAACUGCCUCAUCCUCCUGCAACUCCGCCCACCAACAGGAGAACAAAGGGGAGGAGGUGGAGAGGGGAGAGGUCAGAGAGGAGGGGCAGGUCCCAGCAAGGAGGAUCCGAGCCCCAAGAGGAAGGGGGAUGUCCAGCCUCAUGGCCUCUCUUACCUCCUCCCCACCCGUCGACUACUCUUCAUCCUCCUCAGAGGUCCACAGCCUCCCCCGCAUGGCAACCAACUCCUCCCUGAACUCUGAGGCCAGCUGUAGCAGUGCCUCCUACAGGACACUCAGUGCCUCCUCCUCUUGUUGCCAGGAUCUACAGGGUUUCCCCAGCGACCUCCAGCCCCUGCUGCCCUUUGACCCCACUGCCAGAGUCAUCCCCCAGUCUCCCUCCUCCUCCUCCUCUUCUUUACCUUCCUCCCCGGUCACCUCCUCCCUCCCCAGUACCCCCAGCCGUGCCCUGCAACCAGAGUGGUCUUACCCUAGCGAUAAGUCCCUGAAUGAGGCUGCCCAAUAUCGCAGUUCCCUGUCCUCCUCCCACUACCUCUCUUCCUCUUCCAUCGCAGAGUCUGAGUCAGAGUUUGGUUACCAGGCUCUGGAUGACCAGACCCCCACCCAGCAAGAGACGUGGAACUACCAGCCCCUGUCUCCCAGCUCCAGCAUCCACAGCAGCCAGACCGGGAGUGACUGGACAGGCAUUACCCAGGAAAUGAGAUGUGUUUCUGGGGAAGGUUGGAGCUGCGAUUCCCUGCUUUCCUCUGGUCGCUCCACUCCCUCUCAUGCUGACAGCAACUCUUUGUGUUCAGAGAAAAGGCCCACCUCUCCCUUGCUAAAUCGGGAGAAAAGAAAGCACAGCACUUCCUCUUCAUACUCGUGCAGCAGCACACGCAGCAUCUCCCUCCGCAAGUCCAAGCGCCCGCCUCCUCCGCCAUUGCGCUCUGACUCUCUGAGGCGCCGCCCGGGUCGUAGCAAACCCUCCCGCUCCUCCUCUAGUCCCCGUCCGGUGCAGAGCCCCCACUUGGAGCACACCACCCAUCAGACCCCUGCAUCAUCCCCACAGACCUUUGAUGACCCCUGGGUACCCCGAAGCAACACCAAAAGACGCCAGAGUGGGUUUAACUGUGGGACAGUAACAACCUUUGAACCUCUAAGCCCUGACUGCCAGGCGGCUACCUCCACUGACGAUCCUACUACUGAACAGCUACUGCCGAGCCCCAGGCACCCACAUGCCCACGUCUUCACUCCUGAGUCUCCAGGCUCAGAGGAGGAGGGGCUAAGACUUACUCUCAACCCCCAACCAGCUGCCUCUUCUGUGGCCGGGCUUCAGCGCCUUGCUUCACCAUCCAGUGGCUACUCCAGCCAGUCCAACACCCCUACACCUGGCACUCCUGUGUCCUCCCCCCUCUCCCCCUCCUCGCCUCUCGCAGCAAGCCCUGGAGCCUUCUCCCUCCCCCCGACCUCCCCCUUCUCCUCUUUACACUCAUCUUCCUUCCCCCUGUGCCCUGCUGUCUCCUCCGUGCCCAGGGUGAUGUCUCGGGCCGAAGGGAAGCCGAAGCCACCGGUGCCAGAGAGGAAGUCGUCACUCUUCUCAUCCCUGUCCUCCUCAUUUUCCUCCACCUCCUCCCUCUCCUCUUGCACCUCCUCAGACUCCUCUGCCAAGCAUCCUCUUCUCCCCGCCCCACCUCCUCCUCCUCCUCUACCAGAGUCUUCCUCUCCUUCGCCUCCUGUCUUCUACUCCCCCUUUCCCGAGUCCCUUCCUCCACCUCCUCCUCUUCCUCAGCCCUGCCAGCCUGCUCCUUCCUUCACCAAACUCUCUGCUGCUCCUCCUCCUCCACCAUCAUCCCUUCCUCCUCCACCUCCUCCCCCUCCUCUUCUUCCACCCUCUUCCCUCCCUAGUCCUCCUCCUCUACCUCCUUCCUCACGGCCUCCUCCUCCCCCCUACUCCUACACUGUUAAACAGGCCUCCCACGGUCUUGUGUCCACCACGUCAUCAUCAACCAACUUCCCUCCUCCACCAACCUCUCCCCCUCUGCCCCCAUCUUCUCCUCUCCCUCCCUCGUCAGAACUCUCAGAAUUGCCAAUCGCUGAUCUUCCUCCACCACCACCACCACCACCACCUCCUCCUCCUCUCCCCACAUCCCCUGCCACCCCCCUUUCCGCACCAGGCCUUGGCAAGUCCCCAAACCUCUAUGUUAAAGUGGCCACGACCCCCUGCCCUCUGGUCACUGCCCAAGCUUUGCAGGGUGUUAAACUCCGCUCCAUCAAGAACGAAAAAGGUCUCACUAGCAUUGCUAAUACUCUCCCUGAUCUACCAAACAAAGAAGUUCCUCCAGGUAGUGCUGCGCUGGCUAAUGCUAAUCUUGAUAGCCAGGCUAGCACUGAAGAUACACUAGUUGGAGCUGGAUCACAAAAUGCUGCCUGUCAUCUCUGGAGCAAUGAACCCAACAUAACUUUAACAGGUAAUGCUAACGUCAGUUGCCCUGCUAAUGGUUUUGCAAAGCGACCUGGAUGCAAAUCUGAUCACGAUAACCACAACCUUACAAAACGUGAUGUGGGGACAUCCAAAGAAGAGUCAUCUUAUACUAAUCUACUGAGCCGAGGAGGCAUUGCCGCUAGCCCAGCUAACCAAAGAUGCUCUGGGCCGAAGGUAACCAACGGGGAAACUCCUCAAGACAUCCAGUACAAUGAACAGGAGAAGGAAGACUCAGUCCCCAGGUCAGAUAGUCCCUGGGUCAAAAUGUCUUGUGGUGCUGACAUAAACCACAAAAACACAAUUAUUCAACAUCCGUUUUUGCACCAACUGGUCACGGAUAUAACAGUGCCAGACACUAAGCUAACUGUAGAGAAACAGGGAAACACAGACUCUUCGUACUGGACCCUCUCUGGAUCAAAACAAGAGUCUCACAGAGAAGGCGGAACAACACUGUCAGAGAGCAGAGAUGAGAUAGAGACACAUGAUAAGAAUAAUUCAGAAAUAUGGAACGGUGCAGCUGAUGAGGUUUCAGUAGCAUAUAGGGAUCUUAAACAGAGUAAUAGGAUCUGUCAGCCAGGAAGCCCGAGGAAACUCCGCUCCCCAGAGAAGCCGACCCUGCCAAAGAAGCCCAAUCUUUGCAUUUUGGGUCUCAUGCCAUCCCCUGAGGCCACACGAGGACCAGGUGGGUGGAAGAGCGGUGGACAAAUCACAGCACCUUCUCCUGGGCUCAACAGCCAAUCACAGCUUCCCGCUGAUUCCUUAUGCACACCAUUGCACAGACACCUGACCCCGAGUUCCCCUUCACAAAAGCACCUGACUUGCACCGCUGUUGACAAAAUGAUUACUCCUGACAAAUCAGUGACGCAAACUUUACCAUCAAUUGAUGACACUGCUUCACCUGUAAACACAACACCUGCCAAUGUCACCGCACACUCACCUGCCAGCUCCCUUCAGAGGCAGAAGCCACCAAUUUUGCACAAGAAGCCGGAUGUCUCAUCGACUUCACCCAAAACAAACAAACCACUCACUGCAGCUAAAGAUAAAGGGGAGGCAUCACAAGGCACCACCGGGACCAGAAGCACCUUAGGGACCAUCUGCGCCACGGGGAUCAUGGCUACCACAAGGGCUAGGAACACUUUAAAUGGGACCAUGGAGAACUGUGGUACCUCAGGAACUUGGGGAACCUCUGAGACCUGUAGCAUCUACAGGAACUCAUGGGUGUAUGGAGCUACCUCCACCCAGAAUGGUAGCACCCAAACUGGGGCAACAGACCCCUGGAUCAUCAAGACAAGACUUCAUAAGGACAAUGAGAGAAUGUUUCAUAAGAGCAUUAUGAGAUCAUCGCUGGCUGAAGAUGAAGAGGAAGAGGAGCAGGAGAGGGUGGAAGAGAGGGAGAUGAAGACAACGGGGAUGAUGAUGACGUCUUCCACCGCAAGGAAAAAGGACAAAGCAAGGAAGAGGAGGAAGAGGAGGGCAGGCAGGAAGCUGCUAAUGAUGUCAUCAGCAAUGGAACCCUCCCCCUCUUCAUCGUCAUCAUCAUCAUCCUCAUCAUCUUCAUCCUCAUCUGGAGAUGAACGAGAUGUGGUGAAAGAGAGAACGAUGCCAACAAGUCAGAGGAGGAGGACAAAGACAGUAUGCAAUCAAGACACCAGUGACUCCGAGAGCUCCUGCACUCUGAUUGGUCAAAGCAGGUGCUCCCUCAGCAGUGCGCUGUCCACCGACAGCUUGCAGGGGGAGCUGUCGCUUCCAGACCUCCUGAUACAGGAGGAUGAAGAGGAAAAGAAGAGCAAGGAGGGAGCAGACAGUAGGAGGGAGGUGGUGAAGGAGGCCCGAGGACCUCCAGAUGCCGAUGUGUUCGUCAGUGUUUCGGCAGAUCAGAUGUUUGUCUCCGGUCGACCACGGACGACAGAGGAUCUGUUUGCUGUCAUCCACAGGUCUAAGAGGAAGAUGCUUGGAAGAAGGGAUGCAGAAGAUGGUAAGCUCCGUAUCUCGUCUUCUUCCUCCUCUUCUGCCUCUCCUUCGGACACACCCUCUGUCCCUCUGGCCCGUCUUACCCGACCUGCAGCACUCAGAGAUCAAAGGUCAGCGAGAAGUGAAAGCUUUAAGGCCCUGCUGCUGAGGAAGGGUAGUCGGUCUGAUUCAUCGUCUCGAAUCUCGGCUGUCGAACGGCUUGGCAUACUUGCUGCUCCUGCUGCCAUUGGUGACCUUCAGAGUGUGCCGCCACCGCCACCGCCACCAGACCUCCCUCAAGACAAACCUAUGAUCGUGUCCCGUACCUCAGAUACAUGUGACACUAAUACCCACCUCACUCUGGACGCACCUUUGUCCACAACGUCUCUGUGCAAUCAGAGCUUCUCCAUGAUCGGAUUCGGAUGGGGGCAAAGGGAUCUGAGCCACAAUGACCUCCUCCUCUCCUCCUCCUCCUCCUCUCACUUCCUCUUCCUCUCCUCCUCCUCCUUGCGGCCUCGCUCCCUCACUCCCCCUUGCUCAUCCAGUCGGCGCUUUGCAGCUCGCUGCCGCCUCUAUGCCGCCCCUAUGACCGCCAUCUUCGAAGGGGACAGUGAGGAGGAGGAAGAGGACGACGACGACGAGGUUUUCAUGAAGUCUCCAGGAACCGAAGGAGAAUCGAGCCAGAGGUUGGUUGAGACUUCCUGAUGGACAGGCGACAUUUAUAAACGCAGCUGCGAUGUGGAUCCGACAGGAAGUCCAUGGAGCAUACCUGCGUGAUGCACCUUCCCCAGAAAGUCCUUCCUGAACGUGACAAGGUCUGGGUCUUCAUCUGAUCCCAAUCAGGUUCACAAACAUGUCGCGCUGAACUCAGCUGACCUCCACUGGACUGACUUACAGCCUGAAGCAUCUUACUGAAUGUACCGAAGCACACUCGGCGACUCUCGGACUUGUCACUAGCAGCCACACUGACGUGUCAGAAAACUACAGAAGCCUGGAAAGGACACUCUUGUGGUUACUCAAGUUGUUUCCUUAUGAUUGUGGAACCAUGAUCUCAAGAAAACAAAUAAUUUUCUU